CCUCAAAAGCUUAGCCUCCUCGUCACUGUUACUAUUCCGUAUGAACUACAGUUGAUGCUUCUGCAACUGCAAUAUGCCUCCCCUCAAUUCCACCACCACCACCACCACCACAACAACAAAUCUCACCAACCCAUCCCCCCUCCUCCAUCCUGAAAAGAAGCAACAGAAGACAAUCCUCCGCCGCAAAUCCACCAUCCAUCACCUCCGCCACUGGUUGUCCCACCAUCUCCCCUCUUCUACGGCCACCCCAGCUCCCCCGCGCUCCAGCUCCAAAUCCAUUCCUCAAGCAACAGGCUCCAAGCAACAACAACCACCAACCAAGAUCUCCACCAGACCCAACCCCCUUGAACCUUCCUCUCCUCACUCCGUCUCCCCCUCGGCCACAUCCUCUACCUCAACUUCAACCUCAACCUCCCCGAACCCUUCAAGCGAGAAUCUCCACGCCGAGUAUUCGGCCUACUGCCGGGCCUUUUCCGCGGGGUUGACGGGGGAGAGUUUUCGGUAUGUGAGUGUGAGUACUCGUGAUGGCAGUAAUGGCUGUCAGGGGUGUGAGUGUGAGCGUGAGUCUGGGGAGCAGGACUUACAGGAUGACGGUGCUGCUGCUGCUGCUGCUCCUACCACUACCACCGCAGUCGCCCAUUCCGAUUCUCAUCCGCACAACCACAAACACACCCAAAACCACGCAAAUAGGGAAUUCGAAACACGACCGGACGGAGCAGCAACAACAGCAGCAGCAGCAGCAGCAGCGCCCCCGCAGCCUACACCCCGCACGCAUCCCCGGAAAGGAAGACCCUGGCGAAUUGACGAAAUCCGUCGGCCGGAGGAUCUGUGGAAGUUGUCGGGGCACCAUCACUCCUGCCAGCAUCAUCAGCAUCACGACCAAUACCCGCACCAGGACCAUAACCAUAACCAUAAGCACAAGCGCAACCAUGCCAGCCACCAGGACCACCAUGAGUUGCAGCAUCAGCAGCAGCAGCAGCACCACCAGCAGAAAACUGACAACACUCCCCAAAACACCCCCAAUGAAGCCGUCUCCAACAACACACCACCAAUCGACACACCCAUCAUCCCUACUCCCCAAAACACCCCCCAAACCCUCGAAAUCCUCCACUGGAUGCGACGGGGCCGCUCCUCCUUCGACUCCACGACGCCAGAACGAUUCGAUCACGAAGAUGACCGCCCCAACCAACCCAGGCACACUGACACCGACUCGGACGUAUCGACAGGACCUCCACACGCCAAAUCCACCUACCCACCCCGUCUCUCCCCGCCGCUGCGCGUCUUGACCCCCGCGCGCUACGAGCAGUCCCGGCGGACCCGAGCACACCAGAACAAAAAAUUCUGGUGGGGGACGGUGCAGAGCUAUUGGACGCGCAUGCGGCCUCGCAGCGAGGCGGCCAGGCGAGAGGCAAAGGGGAACCCCCCGGUCUCCUAUGGGGAAAGUUAGGCUUACAACCAUAAACCCCCCCCCUCCGGGACAUCGGUGGUGUGUCACGCACGGCAAAGGUUCAGAGACCAAACCAUUCCCCGUCGGGAGGGAACUCGCUGGUGGAUAAUGUCAAGUGUUUUGUGCUUGUGCAACCCACACCUGACGUCCAAUGGAUGGGAUUCUCUGGACGGCCGACAGGAAUUGUGUAGAACACUGGAAAUACUAGGUGGUCACAGGAAGUCACAAGAAAGCGGAGAACAGGGGGUAUCCUGAGUAUUCUAUUACAUACAGCCUAGGCCAAUACAGACAAUAAGGAAAUUCCUCUUCGGACAUCAUACCACAAAGGAAAUAGGUCAUCCUCC